AUGUCGCAACCAGUUUCGCUUGAAGAGAAGAAGAAGAGGGAUGCCGUAAAGGGGGACGUCGAGAGCGUCAUGGCUGGCUCGAGCGAGACGGUGCCCAAAGACAAAGCUCUUGAACUCCUGGCGAACCACAAUGUUGAGUUCCACGCCGACUCGCCCGAGGCCAAGCGCGUGCUUCGCAAAAUUGACUGGAGAAUCAUGCCCAUGAUAUUUACCGUCUACCUCUUGCAGCUUAUGGACAAAAACAGCCUCUCAUUUGCUGCCAUCAUGGGAAUCAGGAACGACGCAAACCUCACCCCGGCGCAGUAUUCGUGGCUAGGUUCUAUCAUCUACUUCGGAUACCUCGCAGGGGAGAUUCCAGCCACGUAUCUAAUGCAACGCGUCCCCUUAGCAAAAUAUGUGGCCAUUAUGUCAAUGCUCUGGGGAAUAGUUGUGGCAAUGCAUGCCGUCUGCCACAACUUUGCCAGCCUGGCUGCUGUCCGUUUCCUGCUCGGCUUCAUCGAGGUGUGCGUCGCCCCGGCAUCCAUCUAUAUCACUGGAUCGUGGUACACCAAAAAAGAGCAGGUUAGCCGGGUUGCGAUUUGGUAUACAACCUCGGGAUGGGCCGCCGUGUUUGGCGGUCUUUUCGCAUUUGCACUCAAUCAAGCUCCGACUUUCAAGUGGCAGGGAUUGUUUGUGCUGUAUGGUGCCCUCACCUUUGCCGUUGGAGUCAUCUGCUGGUUCUGGCUAGCCGUGUCCCCGACCGAAGCGGCGUGGCUCACCGAGGAAGAGAAGAUCAUCGCACUGGAACGCGUCCGAGAGAACAAGACGGGAACCGAGGUGUGGAAGUUUAGCUUGCCACAGUUGAAAGAGGCGUUCUGCGACGUCCGCUUCUACAUGAUCUUCUUACUGCUGGUCUCGACCGGCCUGCCCAAUGGAGGGAUCACCGCAUUUGGACCGACUAUCAUUAAUGGAUUUGGCUUCAACAUCAACCAGACCACAUUGCUAAACAUGGGAUCUGGCUCGGCGCAGGUCGUGGGCACGUUCGUGGCACUUUUCGUCGCAAAGAUGACAAAUCGUACCAUUGCGGGCAUAUACACGCUCGUCUUGGCCAUUGUGGGCGUUGUCAUGAUGUUGACGAUUCCUGCGGAAUACAAUGGUGCUCGUUACGGCGGCUAUACACUAACGAUGCAGUUUCCUAUCUGUGUCCUGUUCAUCAUAACAUUCAUGACCGCCGGCGUUGGUGGCUCAACCAAAAAGUUCGCUUUCGGAGCUGCAUACCAGCUUGGCUAUUCAGUGGGCAACAUCAUCGGCCCCCAGACGUUCCAGGCUUAUGACGCGCCAAACUACUAUGUUGCCAAAUAUACCAUGCUUGCCUUCCUGGUCUUCACGGCAAUCCUCCUGGCUGCCAUGGGUCUGCUACAUAGGUUUUGGAAUUCAAGGAGGGACAAAGAGCAGGACAAUCUUCCCACUGAGCACGUGGAGAAUGAAGAGUUUGCAGACCUCACAGAUUUCCAGCUUAGAUCAUUUAGGUAUCCUUUGUAG